UAGUAUAGAUAGAUAUAACAAUAAUUAUUAAUCAUAUAACAAAUAAGUAAAAUUAUCUGAAACUAUGGAAAACAUAAUAAAUAAGCAAAAUUGCCUAAAACUAUGGAGAAUAUGACAACUAAGCAAAAUCAAUUCAUAAACAAUGGCAUGACAUGGUUUGUAUGAAACCGUAGAAGAGCAGAAGCCAAAGUCGCCGUCAUGGUUACGUCUCCUUGGGUUUUAACCAUCGGUGUCUCAACCAUGAAUGUCCCAGAGCCUCCGGAUCUCGGUCCGGUCGGCACACAAGCCAACAAGCGAUCCAAGACCUUGACUGAACCCGAAGAAAACUCAUCAUGUCCGAUCCCAUCUGAUCUAAUCAUAGAGAUACUCUCGAGGCUUCCAGCUAAGUCUAUAGCGAGAUUUCGCUGCGUAAAGAAACAAUGGUCUUCCCUUAUCCGUCUCCCUUACUUCACGGAGCUGUUCUUGACCAAAUCUUUGACUCGCCCACAGCUCUUGUUCGCCUGCGAGAAAGACGACCACGUGUUCUUCUUCUCCUCCUCCUCGCCACAGCCUCAAGGCUCGUCUCUUUUAACGACCAGUUACUAUGGUAUUAAAGUUCCGGGCCACUGUUAUUCGUUUGAUAUAAAGUUUAGUUGUAUCAAAGGUUUGGCCCUUCUCAGAUUUAAACGCGUUUUAAACGAACAUGAACACGUGUCGGUGAUAUGUAACCCUAGUACCGGACAAUCAUUGAUCUUACCCAAAGUGAAAACAAGGAGGAGGAUUGGAGUGAGAAGCUAUCUUGGGUAUGAUCCGGUUGAGAGACAGCACAAGGUGUUGUCCAUGACUUGGUUAUUUUAUCGAAGUCAAUGGUUGGUCUGUGAGGAGCAUCAGGUCCUGACACUAGGAGUAAAAGAGCCGUCAUGGAGAAAAAUUGAAUGUUCCAUAACUUAUACUAGUAGUCAUAAGUACCACCACGUAUGUAUCGAUGGUGUUCUGUAUUAUCCAGCGCGGAGGUCUACAGGGGACUUCAUCAUCGUUUGUUUUGAUGUUCGGUCGGAGAAGUUCAGUUUUGUUAAAUACACAGUCAGUUACGCUCACGUUUUUGAAAGUGCAGUUUGGAAAAACUAUAAUGGUAAGUUAGCUUCACUUUGGCCUAAAACUAUUAAUGGAAGCUGUAGUAGUAUUAGGUUGCGAGUUCUUGAAGAUGCUGAGAAGGAGGAAUGGUCGCACAAUACAUACACUUUGCCUGAUCUGUGGAGGAAUAUAGUUGGAAAGGAACUUGUAAGAUUUGUUGGAGUGACUCGGACAAAGGAGAUUGUCUUUUUGUCAUCAGAUUUUCAGUUUCUUUUGUACUUCGAUACCGAGAGGGACACAGUCGUAAGAGUUGGGAUCAAAGGAAUGGAAGCGGUUAAGGAUCAUCGUAUUUUCAUGUUUCAAGACCAUGUAGAGGAUGUGAAGCUUAUGGAAGUGUUUUAGUUAUUGGUGAGGCUAUUUUUUAAUCUGUUCUUUUUUUGUAAUUUAUAUUUACUUAUAUCUAUUCCUAUGUGAGUUGUUCAA